AUUUCGUUUUGUUACGCGCGAAACGUGAAGAAUCAAAUCCAUUUGAUGAAAGUGUUAUAUUGUGAGAAAUGACUUCGAUAUCAUUAGGUAUUCCUGCAGAAAAAGUGGAAGAAGAUUUAAUCUGUCAUUUAAUACCGUGCAAAAUAAACUAUAAUGGGACCACUAACGUUUCUGAUUAUUUUACACCAUUCAUUCGAGAACAAGAUGGCCAUUUUACGUCUUCCAUUAGAGGUCAUCCUUUAAAAGGACAAAAGGUCAAGAUUCCUGAUGGUUAUACAGGUGUAGUUCUCAAAGAAAAUAAAAAAUUUACAUCUGAUGACAAAAAAGAUUUAAAGAAAUUUGCCACUUUCAAAGAAUUUACUGCUUGGAACUGGGAUAUUAUACCUUCUUCUGAAGAUAAGUUAAUUAAAGCCUUAGAGUGGAUGGAUGUCGCAUUUAUUUUGCAUAAACCGGUUAGUGAAUAUACAGAUGAUAAAAAAGACAAGUCGCAUAUAAAACGGAAAUUCGGUGAUGUAGAAAAAUGACUGUUUUGAUUAAUUACUUAAUUUAUUCUUAACCAAAUGUAUUGAUGCUAUUGAAUCUAUUUGCCUUUUAUAUUUAUAAAAUCCAUGCUUCAUAAUAAUAAAGCUUAAUAGUUUUUCUAAACACAUAUGAGACAAUUAUUAAGACAUAUUCUUAUUUCUAAAAGCCAAAUUAAGGAAAUAGGCACUAUUGCAAUUUUUAUUGACCAACAUUCAAACCAGUUAAGGAUUCAGUUAAGGAUAUUUUUUUAUUUUGAUUAGGUUUGAUUGCAUGUAACAUCUAGCAUGUGUUUUUCAUGAAAAUAAAUGUAUUUUUAUUGCUGCUACUUUUAUCUAAUGUUGUUUUUCUUGUCAAAUACUCUUAUUUUAUCUAAUAUAUAUAUAUAUAUAUAUACUUCAUUUUAACAUUAUAUUUUAAGUUAUUGUGUCUUUGAUUUGCUGACAUUCUAUAAUCAUGUACAAUAUUAUACAAGAAUAAUGAAAAUUAUUUUUAUAUGACAUUAUUUUAUUAGCAUUAUUUAAACUAAAUUUAACUGAUUUUGUCUCUGAUUUAUUUGAUUUUUUUUGUGCCUAUGUUUCAUCAGAUG